GUAGACACCAACAUGGAGAGAACACAUGUGUCUGCCCGUGAAAUAUACAAAGCAGUAUUAGAAAACACUUCUCAUUCAGAUCAGGCGGUUGCAAAAAAGAAGAGGAAAGAAAAUGGGCAUCAACUUCCUAAACCCAUUAAGAAGACUAAAAGGAAAAACCCUGGCAGGCAAGUUCUCAGAGGUACACAGAGAGAAGUGAAGAUGCAGAAAUCAGCUGGGCCGCAGUGCGUUGACAAGGACGAUAAAGUGACUGAGGGGCCAGACUUGGAAGCGCUGCUUUCUGAUCUUGCUAAGAUCAACAACAGCAGAGAGAGGGCCAACAAGCUUUUUGAGUGGCUUAUUCACCCCAUUCCUGCCAAAAGCUUCUUCAGAGAUACGUGGGAGAAGAAGCCGAUUCUCAUCAGACGUCAGAAUCGGGAAUAUUACAAUGGUUUGUUUUCUACAGCAGAGUUUGACAGGAUUUUAAGAGAGGAUGAAGUUCAGUUUGGAGUGAACCUGGAUGUCACAAGUUACACUAAGGGCAAGAGAGAGACCCACAAUCCCCCUGGACGGGCCCUGCCUUUGACGGUCUGGGACUUCUACAAGCGUGGUUGCUCGCUACGGAUGCUCAACCCCCAGGCCUUCUCCUCCACUGUCUGGAAUGUGCUGUCUAUCCUGCAGGAGCAGUUCAACAGCAUGGCCGGGGCCAACGUGUAUUUGACACCCGCUGGAACACAAGGCUUUGCUCCUCAUUAUGACGACAUUGAGGCGUUUGUGGUCCAGCUGGAGGGGAAGAAGCACUGGAGGGUGUAUAACCCCAGGAAUGACGACGAAGUCCUGGCCCCUGUCUCCAGCCCGAAUUUCAGUCAGUCAGAAAUUGGGGAGCCAAUACUGGACGUGGUUCUGGAGGCCGGAGAUCUGCUUUAUUUCCCCCGUGGGUUCAUCCACCAGGGAAACUGCCUGCCUGACGCUCACUCCCUCCACAUCACCAUCUCUUCCUACCAGAGGAACAGCUGGGGAGACCUGCUACAGAAGCUUGUCCCUGUAGCUCUGGAGACUGCAAUGGAAGAGGAUGUGGAGUUCAGGCGAGGGUUGCCCCUGGAUUAUCUGACCUACAUGGGGGUUCAGAACUCUGACAAGGAAGACCCUCGGCGGAGCCAGUUCACAGCACAGGCUCUGGGCUUGAUGAAGAGGCUGGCGGACUUUGCUCCAGUGGAUGCUGCUGUAGACCAGAAAGCCAAGGACUUCCUGCAUGACUGCCUGCCUCCUGUUCUCACCCCAGAGGAGAAGGCCAGCAGUAUGCAGGGAGCCCCGGCCAGGUGGGAGGACGGAGAGGCCCGAGACGUGACCGUCCACAUGAAGGCUCAGACCAAAAUCCGACUGAUCCGGGACGGAAUCGCCAGGUUAUGCAGUGAGGGAGACGCAGUGGUCCUCUAUCACAUUGCAGACAAUUCCAGAGUGUACCACAGGGAGGAGCCCAAGAGCUUUGAAAUAAAAGAAGAGCACACAGAUGCCGUGGAGUUCCUGAUCCACUCCUACCCCAAGUUCGUGUCAGUGGGCAGCUUGCCGUGUGACACAUUUGAGGACAAGGUGUCCUUGGCGGAGAUCCUCUUUGAGCGGGGUCUGGUCCACACUUCAGAACCACUGCUGCCCUCCUGAGGCAUCUCCCUACAUGCUGGAUGUCAGACAUCUGCAGUCUCUGUAACCCUGCAAAGCGGAACAC